GAUGCCAUUCAUGGCAACAAGUGUACCCAACCUCCUCAUCAAACCCAGCUUCCUCCGGGCUUUCGUGUGAUUAAUGUCGUAAACAUGAACAUCGCCGAACCAGUUGGGCCGACACGUUAUGUUGCUUUAAGCUAUAUGUGGGGUUCCGCGGCUGGCAGUCAGAACGAUUUUCAACUUGAAAAGAAGAAUGUUAGAUACCUUGAGGCUCCAGGAAGUCUUAUUAAUGCUAGCAUUCCCAAGGUCGUCACUGAUGCUAUAUCGCUGUGUAAAGACCUCGGUGAAAUUUACCUCUGGAUUGACAGACUCUGCAUCGUCCAGGAUGAUCAGGAACUAAAGCCAGCGCAGAUAGUGGCCAUGGAUAAGAUAUACCGCUCUGCUACUUUUACACUUGCGGCGGCCCUUAGCAAUCCCAGCGGAGACGGACUUCCUGGUCAUCAGGAGAAGCCGCGUGAUCUUUAUUCAUCUAUCUGGAUCCCGCCUUAUGAUGCUAACGUAGAAACACGAGGAAUAAAACCAAAUGGCAUUAGAAGUCUGGUAGACUCUUCACUCUGGAAUAGAAGGGGUUGGACAUUUCAGGAGAGGCUACUUUCUCAACGGUGCCUCUUCAUCACCGAACACCAAACCAUGUUCAAAUGUUCGCAAGCAGAAGCAAGUGAAGAGCUCACGUGGAGCCCUCAAAUUCCUGGAAAGCCCAGGCCGUCAGCAGUUUUGGGUGAUAGUCUAGUAAGCAGUAAUACUGAAGAUGGGAAUGAUUUAAACAAAGACAAGGUUUAUCAAAUCCCAGGCUACUUUGAGCUACAGUCCUACGGCACAGAGACUGAGUAGAUAGUUAAAGACACCGCAUCUCUAACAGAAUACUGCGGAUGGGUCCAAAACUAUACAUCCCGCCAACUUUCUUAUGGCACCGACAUUCUCCACGCUUUUACAGGCGUAGCUAAAUACCUCUCUAGGCUACUAGCUUGCCCAAUGCUAUUCGGCCUACCGGAGAAAUACCUACCACAGUGUCUCCUAUGGAGUUGCCCGGGGGAACCAAGCAGGAGGGGUGAAAUG